GUAUCCGGAAGUUGUGAAGAGAUAUUCAUCGUUUUGAAUCUGAAGUUUAGCUAGCAUUAGCCAAUGUCGAAAAUCCAACAAUUUGGUUGCUGUAUGGCAAUGGCUGGUGUAAAAGAAUGAAGAGAGUUGAAGUGAUGCCAGGUCUUUACGAUUUAGUUCUACUAUGAGCUCCCUGUCACCCCAGCCUCUGGCCUCUAGCUCUUCAUGCAGGACACUGCCUGGAGAGGGUAAUCAGGUACAACCAAAGGCCCCUCUCCUGCAGAUUCUGCGUGUUGCUGGAGCUCAGGAGGAUGUUUUCACACUCAAGGAGGUUAUGCACUACUUGGGUCAGUACAUCAUGGGGAAGCAACUGUAUGACAAACAAAGGCAACACAUCGUCCACUGCCAGGAUGAUCCUUUGGGAGAACUGCUAGAAGUCGAGAGCUUCUCUGUCACAAACCCAAGCCCAGUAUAUGAAAUGCUCAAGAAAUACGUGGUAGUGCUUGGUUGUGCUGACGCUGCAGAGAAUCUUUCUGUGGGCCGUGAAUGUGUAGAGGGCGGAGUGGAGGAUCGUGGUCAGAUGUGUGGAGGUGUAGUCACAACAGGAGCGAUGGCCAGCAGUGAUGGGCCUCUCCUGCAGACACCCUCCCAGAGGCGACCUCGGGAUCCAGAUGAUGAGUCUCUUGAAGGUCUGCCACACUCAGCCUGCAAGCGCCCCAAACUGGAUGUUACUCUGGAAGAUUGGGAUCUGUCUGGCCUGCCUUGGUGGUUUCUGGGUAAUCUGCGUAAUAACUACAACCGAAGGAGCAAUGGCUCAACUGAUAUCCAUACAAACCAACUGUCUCUUGCACAGGAGGAGGACACAGCCAUAGUGUCGGACACCACAGAUGACCUCUGGUUCCUAACUGAGGGUGAGAGUGAACAGGUGAGCGUGGAGAUGAAAGAAGCUGCACUGGAAGAAGGAAGCAGAGGUGAAGGAGAAGGUUCACUUGAGGAUGACUAUGGAGGAGGGAAGGAGGAGAAGGCAGAUCGAGAGAUGCAGGAGGAGCCAGAUGAAGACUCUCAGUGUCUGAGUGAUGACACUGACACAGAGAUCUCCACACAGGAUGCGUGGCAGUGCACAGAGUGCAGGAAAUACAACAUACCUCUCCAGAAGUACUGCGUUCGCUGUUGGGCUCUGCAGAAAAACUGGUACAAAGAUGUCCCUCGACUUGCUCAUUCCCUAUGUAGCCCUCUCACUACGCAUGAUGAAGAAGAUGACAGUGACACAGGCAUUGAUGUCCCAGACUGCAGCAGGACAGUAUCUGAUCCUGUUAUCCUGCCUUCCUACUCCACUGCCGACCGACCACUGCCCACUAUGAUUACAGGUAAAGGCAAGUGCCCGUGGCCUUCUAGCUUUAACAGGGACAAGCAGCUGUCAGAAGGAGAGAGUCAGGAAAAUCUGGAUAUGGAGUUUGAAGACGUUCGACCCGAGGCACUGUUGGAGCCUUGCAAGCUCUGUCGAGUGCGACCACGUAAUGGAAAUAUAAUACACGGACGUACAGGUCACCUGCUCACCUGUUUUCCUUGUGCAAGGAGGCUGCAUAAGUUCCAGGCUCCUUGUCCAGGUUGUGGAAAGAUUAUUCAGAAAGUUAUAAAGAUAUUCAUCCUUUAAAAAGCACACAAAUGGAUAGUUUAUGUUCUGGGGAACUAAACAAAAAUUGAGACAGCACAUGAAAACAAAAAUACAAUACAGUUAAACAGAUUCAACAAAACAGCUGUAUGCUCAUACAUACCCAAACACAAAACAUGCACCUUGCAAACCUUGAAAAUCUACAAAGGUAUCCAUAAAAUAUAGCACUUGGUGAAGAUUGCUCUUGGCUACUAGGUUUAUUUUUUCUCAUGCUGCUUUAAAGUACUGUUGAAUAAAACCCUGGACAAGAAUUUGUCAUACCAUGUUUGUUUGGCUAUCCAUUUUUAAAUAAGGGACAGAAGUAUUUAUUUAUUUAUAAAAUUCUCGCUGAAUAGUGCAUAACUGGUGUGAGUUUUUGUUUGAUCUCAUGAAGGCUUGUUUUGUUUACUUUUCUGUUUUGUUUCUCAUGCUUUGUAAAUCUUAGUAAUUGUUGUGUUACAUUAAUGCAGUGGCAGCAUUGAAAGAGCUGUUUUCCCUUCAGAGAUUGACUUCAGUUAUCUGGAUGAACAUUAAAAAAGCUCUAUGUAGAAAUGUAAAUAUAAGAAAUGUUAUCUAAACUGGUUCUUUUGAGCAGUGGUGUGGGGCUCCUAGGUGCUAUAGCUCUGAAACAUGAGUUGUAAAGACAAGACUGAAGGAAGAGUAAACUAAAAAAAUAUUAAAAUCUUUUAACAUAAGUACUUAGCCUAAAUAUUUAAAUCGUAUUUCAGUACAGAAUUUAACCUGCUUGAGAAUGUGCAGCUGAAAAACAUUUAACUACAAUUUUUUUUAUGGUUGGUAAUUUGAUGUUUGUGUUAAAUACUUAAAAUUGCCAAACCUUUGAUAGUUGUGCCUGCAGUAUGUCUGAAUCGUUCAUGUUAAGAUAUUAUGCUUCAGUGUUCUCUAAAUCCAAAACUUGUGAUAAAUGAACACUUUGUCUAUUUAGUAUUUAAUUUAUUUAUGAUUCAGUUUUAAUUUUGACCACCUAAGAUGCACAGAGUUGCACUUCUAACAGGUCUAAUGUAUUUGAUUUAUAAUUUCUUAACUGCAGAGUUAUUAGAUGUACAGCACCUCAAGUAAAAAUAUCUGCAAAGUACUUAUGGAGAGUUUGAUUUAAGUGUCCACUGCCAUAUAAUGAUUUUGAAUUGAAAUAUGUACAUACUAGAUUUUAUUUAUGUGAUUCUGCCUUGUAUGAAGAUUGUAUUUGGUAUACCACAUAGACUGUCUUUUGCGUGAGUCUGUGGGUCACCUAUAGAUAAAAACAUCAUACUCUAUAAAGUUCUAAUAUGAAAGAUGGCCAGUGAUGGAAGGCUCUUGACUCUGUUCAUUGUAAAAAGUAUUGAUAGUUUUGUUCUAUGUUGGUUUUUCUUUGGGUUUUUUUUUUGUACUUGCGCUAAACCUUUUUGCCAGCAGGUGGAGAGAAAUUUCAUUCUUGUAACUCAUACUUGUAACUCAAGCUAUAAAGUACCAGUAACCUAUAAUACAUAUUUAAAGCAUGCUUUCUGUCUUGACUAGAGGCCACAUGGAGCUUGUUUAAGAGCUAUAUGAGCCAUUUUAAAGCUUUUAAAAGUUUAACAAAGCUUGUGUUGAUUAGCCUUAGCCUGCACCAAAAAAAAAAACAAACAAACAAGAUACAACCUCAUGUAAAUUAAAUAUUGCAUCAUAGUGAUACUGGUUCAGAUUAAUUGACCUAAUUGUUGUAAUUACUGAUACUGAUAUGAUGUGCACAUAUGUGGUACAGCAGUUUAUUUUUUAUCGUUUUGUUUUUUUUUCCAUUUGUACUUGUUACAGAUUCAGUAAUGUUGUUUUGUUAAGCAAUAAAGAUUUAGAAGUUAA